UUUUUUUUUUUUUUUGGCUUCUUUUUUAUGUGUUUUCUUUAGUCUACUUUGAUCUCUACAAUGGCUUCUUUGUUGUUUCUUCAAUGGUGCAUGAUCUAUAUACUUUUCGGAUCGGUAGCGUUUGCUCAAUUGAGUGAUAACUUCUAUUCAAAAUCAUGCCCUCAGGUAUUUUCAAUAAUUGAAGAUGAGGUUAAAUACGCCAUAAACAAAGAGCCACGCAUGGGUGCAUCAUUGCUGAGACUUCAAUUCCAUGAUUGUGGUGUUAGUGGAUGUGAUGCAUCAAUUUUGCUUGAUGAGACACCAACUUCAAGCAGCGAGAAGUCUGCCAUGAUUAAUCUUAAUUCAGCUAGGGGAUUUGAAGUCAUUGAUACGAUCAAAGCUCGAUUAGAAAAAGCAUGCCCUGGAGUUGUGUCUUGUGCGGAUAUCAUUACAAUAGUUGCUCGAGACUGUGUUUCCACGCUUGGUGGACCAAGUUAUACAGUACCCUUGGGUAGAAGAGAUUCGACAGAUUCACAUAAAUUUAAGGCUGAUCUUUUAGUUCCUGUCUUUCUGGCGGGUUUACACGCACAGAUUUUUGCCUUUAAAUUGAAAGGCAUCAGCAAGACUGAAUUUGUGGCUUUAACAGGUGCUCACACGGUAGGCAUGGCCAGAUGCACGUCUUACAGAGACCAUAUCUAUGACGAUAACAACAUAGACCCUGUCUUUGCUGCGUCAUUGCAAGCAAAUUGUCCUAAGGAAGGAGGGGAUAAUAACACAACACCAAUCGAUUCCACAACCCCAUUUGUGUUUGACAACGCUUACUUUAUCAACUUGAUGAAUAAAAAAGGUGUUCUUCCCACAGAUCAAGCGCUAUAUACCGGAGAAGGAGGACCCACGGACGCCAUUGUUGCAAAUUAUAGUUCGAGUAAGGAUAAUUUCUUCAAGGAUUUUGUUACAGCAAUACUAAAGUUCGGACAAUUAGGGGUUCUAACUGGCACAGAUGGAGAAAUCAGAACUAAUUGUCGAAAGGUCAAUACUGCAAAUUAAAUAGUGCUCAAAGCUUAAUUUAGAAUAUUGUUGAUGUUUAUAUAUAACUUAGUCUCUAAACAGGUUUGACACAUGUGAAGAAAAAAUGAUAUAAACGCGCAAGAUUAUUUAUAUGAUUGUUAUUUUAAUCAUAUAAAAUUAGUGAAUGUGUAAUCCAAUUAUUAGUUGUAAAUUUAACACAAAAGGAAAAGCAAGUAGGUCGAAGCAGUUUUAUUUUCCUGACGCAGGUUCAACCCUUGAUA